AUGGAAGUGUUUUUGCGCCGCGCCGCGAGUGCCGAGCGCGCCGCACGCUACGUACAAGGAGUCGCUCUCCGCCACGUCCCCGCACCACUGCGAUAUAUAUACAAGCCAGCGGCGCGGUUGAAUAUCACCGAUGUAUUACAUACAGUGAGCCAGCACGGAAUGGCAAUGAACGCGAUUGAUAAUGAACUCUAUGAAGAUUGUUCCAAGUGUCUUUUUCGUGGUGUUUUGCUAGACGAGGCGGACGAGCGGGUCACGACUGAGGCGCACGCGCGUUCG